AUGAUAUUAAAUCCAGCAAUUUAUCAAAAAGUUUUCUUUUUUCUUUCUUCAUCAUUUUCUCAUAUCUAUCUAUCUAUCUAUCUAUCUAUCUAUCUAUUGUUCGCAACAUUUUUCGUAAUGAUAUCUAUUACAAAGAUCAAUAUAAAAAUAUCUGAAACCGUUCUCUGUCUCCGUCUCUAUUUCGCUCCCUCUCUUUGUCUCACUCUCUCUGUCUCUCUUCCGCUCUCUCUCUCUCUCUCUCUCUCACUCUGUCUGUCUAUUUACUUCUGUCUCUCAGUGUAUAUUUUUCUGUGUCUCGCUCUGUCUUUUUUCUUUCUCGCUCUGUCUGUUUUCUCUCUCUCUCUUUGUCUCUGUCUGUCUCGCUCUCUCUCUCUCUCUCUGUGUCUCUAUCUCUCUUUCCCUCUUUCAUUCUCUGUCUCUCUCGCUCUGUCUGUCUACCUCUCUCGCUCUCUCUCUCUCGAUCUGUAUUUCUGUUUCUCUCUCGCUCUGCUUCUCUCACUUUCUCUCUCUCUCUGUCUCUUUUUUCUCUCCAAACUCCUCUUUUCUUUAUUUUUCUUUUCUCUCCUUUUUCCAAAUUUCCCUUUUCUUAAACCUUUUUUUUUCACUCCUUUUUUCUCUUUCUUUACAACUCUCACUUUUGAUUUUUCUCACUUUAAAUCACCAUUAUUUUAUCACCUUUCUUUUACGAGUCUUUCUGGAUUUAUCCCCGCCCCCUUACGUCUUCUAAGCUUCUUCCACUCAUUCUUUCUCCCCCCCCCCAUUCUCAUUUCUUUCUCUGGUCACGGAAAUCUCUCUUUCUUUCUCUACAUCUCUAUCUUUCUCUCCAUCCAUCUCUCUCUUUCGCUGUUGCUCUCUUUCACUCUUGUUCUCUCUUUCUCUCACUCGUUCGCUCGCUUCAUUGCUCGCUCUUGCUCUGCGAUUCAAAUAUUUCAUAUCUCGACCUUCCGCACCCUGUCCGCUCUAUACGCUCCCACCACACGAGAACUAAUCAGAAAACACUGGCAACGCUCGCGCUAUAAAUUUUGGGGAGAGCGUUGUUUUUGCACGACACUUCGGCGCGCACAUAAUUACAAGUUUGAUAUGGUGGCCAAGAAAAAUGAGCACGGUGGACGAAAGUGCAAAGCUACAAAGAAAGACACGAUCACCUCCGGUCCAUUUUGA